AAUCGUGCGGAAAAUGAGACAGUUACAUAAGCAGCACACGCGAGCGAGCGAGUCUUUCAGUUUCUUUUUCUUUUUCUUUCAAGUCAAGCCUCUCUGUGUUUUUGUUUCAACUCAACAACACUUAAACCCAAAAAAAUCGCACAAAUUCAUGAUCUGAGAGAGAGAGAGAAUAAAAAUGGGGUUGAUGAGUGGAAUGAAGGAAGCAGCGCCAUUUGCAGCAAUGUUUUUGGUGGAAUGGGGAGAGGUGGGAAUGAUAACGCUGGCCAAAGCAGCCUUAAACACAGGGAUCAGCACUUUCGUUUACUUCGUCUUCUACAACUCCCUUGGCGUUGUUCUCCUUUUCCCAUUUUUCAUCUUCCGUACCUACAGAAAGAAGCACCCUCCUCUCACUUUGGCCCUCCUUUGUAGAUUCUUCCUCCUUGGCUUAUUUGGGAGAGGCUUUUUGAUGUUUGGGUAUUUGGGCCUCAAGUACAGCUCUCCAGCUCUGGCUGCAGCUUUGUCUAACCUUGUACCGGUUUUUACGUUCUUGCUUGCCAUCAUCUUCAGGAUGGAGAAGAUAGAUAUGAGAAGCACAAGCAGUAUAGCAAAAUGUUUGGGGACCGUAGUGGCAGUAUCAGGAGCAUUCAUAAUUACUCUUUACAAAGGUCCGGCAAUCAUAUCUGGUACAUCCAAUUCUAGCUUACAUUCUCAGGAUUUUAUGCCCCAAAGAUCAAACUGGGCUCUUGGAGGCUUUUUUCUUGCAAUAGGUUUCUGCUCUGCCGCCACAUGGAACAUUUUGCAGACAGCAACAGUGAAGCAAUAUCCAGAAAAAGUGACUGUAGUCUUUUUCUUCAUGUUGUUUGGGACCAUGCAAUGUGCAAUUGUCUCUUCCAUUGUAGAAAGAAAUCCAAGUGCUUGGACAUUGCGCCCUGGGAUUGCAAUGAUUGCUGUUGUGUAUUCAGCAAUAUUUGGGAUUGUGCUCCGCUACAAUAUUGUUACUUGGUGCUUGUACGAGAAGGGUCCUCUCUAUGUUGCCAUGUUUAAGCCCUUGGGAAUGGUCAUUGCUGUGAUUGCAGGAAUUGUGUUCCUUAACGAUAAACUUCAUCUUGGCAGUUUAAUUGGAGCAGCCAUUAUAGCUAUUGGAUUUUACACUGUGAUAUGGGGACAAUCCAAGGAAAGAAAGGCAUCGAGCCAAAAUAUAAGUCAUCAACUGAAACAUGAGGGAGACUAGGUAACAAACACACUCAAUUGAUUCAAGAGAAGCAUCCUGUGUAAUUGGAGCGCUCAUAAUAGUCAACAUCUUUCGAGGAUUGUCGCCAGCAAGAGAUAUGACAUUUGAAAAUUUUAGCUCUCAUGCCAAAAAGUGAUGAUUUUUGGCCAUGUUCAUCACCAAAAAA